GCCACCAUAUUUUUCCCCGAAUUAAAUCUACCCUACGAAGAAAGAUUACACCAGCUGAAGAAAACAUGGCAACGAUGGAAGAGCGUAGUGUUGAUGAGCAGGAGUCAAACACUGAAGAUGGAGUGACAGGACCACAACUUAUAAGUACUCUUGAGCAAUAUGGGAUAUCCCAUGCAGAUGUAAAGAAACUAGAGGAGGCUGGCUACUACACUGUUGAGUCAGUGGGUUUUGCUCCAAAGAAGGCCAUUCUUGGAAUUAAAGGAUUCAGUGAAGCCAAAGUAGAUAAAAUUAUGGCAGAAGUGGCUAAACUGGUACCUAUAGGCUUUACUUCUGCAACAGAAUUUCAUCAAAAACGAGCAGAUUUAGUACUGCUGACUACAGGCUCAAAAGAGUUGGAUAAAUUGUUAGGAGGUGGGAUAGAGACAGGCUCCAUCACAGAAAUAUUUGGAGAAUUCCGCACUGGCAAGACACAGCUAUGCCACUCAUUGGCUGUUACUUGUCAGCUUCCACUGGAAAUGGGUGGUGGUGAAGGAAAAUGCCUGUACAUUGAUACAGAGGGAUCAUUUAGGCCUGAACGUCUUCUGGCUGUUGCUGACAAAUUUGGACUCUCAGGUGCUGAUGUUCUUGACAAUGUAGCCUUUGCACGAGCUAUUUCUGACCAGCAGACACAACUGUUGGUUCAAGCAGCAGCCAUGAUGACAGAAGCCAGAUAUGCCUUAUGUAUUGUAGACAGUGCUAUGGCAUUGUACCGGACAGAUUAUAGUGGUCGAGGGGAACUAUCUGCCAGACAAAAUCACUUGUCAAGAUUUUCACUUCUUAGAUUGGCCGAUGAGUUUGGUGUUGCUAUAGUUAUCACAAACCAAGUGGUUGCUCAGGUGGAUGGAGCAGCCAUGUUUGGAGCAGACCCCAAAAAACCAGUUGGAGGACACAUAAUGGCUCAUUCUUCUACAACAAGGUUGUAUCUAAGAAAAGGUAGAGGAGAAACAAGAAUCUGUAAAAUAUAUGACUCUCCUUGUCUUCCUGAAGCAGAGACCAUGUUUGGGAUAUAUGCUGAUGGAAUAGGUGAUCUAAAGGACUAAGCAUUGUAUCCUUGGAUCACAUAUGACGUGAUUUCUGUGUGGUAAUUUAUCAAGUUGAGAGCUUCCAGAGUUAUGUACAGUACCGUUCUUUAACCCUUUAUAUGUGCAAAGGUGGGCAGUUCAUAAAAGUUGCAGCGCAACUUGUGCCAUAACUUUUUGGUUGCCGCACAUUUUUCCAGAGAGUUGCGGCACAACUUUUACAAGCAUUUUCAACCACAAGCGCAACGUGCAAAAUUUUUCGGCAAUAAUGGAAAAUUUGAAUACGACCGCAUAAACAAAUAGGCAUCCCUAGAGCCGCGCAUUCCGAAAAUUUCUGUUUCUGACGGAAUGAUUCAGCAUACACAUGAUACAGGUCGGGCAGCAUAUUUCUGAACUGUAAACCAGAUGAGACUCUCCCCCCACCUCCGUCGCUCCCCUUUCCUCGCUGUAGUUGCCAGAUUUCAUCUUUCACAUAAACUAGAGUUAAUGUGAAAGAUGAAAUCU